GUGUACUACUACUGUCUUCAUUAAUUAUUCGGCUGAAGAAUUAGUAGACGUUUGGAAGUGAUUGUCGUUUUAACUGUGCAACUAACGACGAGUACGAGUAACAAGAGCCAAGAUACAACUAGUUACGAAUCGAAAGCUGCUGAAAUAGAGACGCCCACAGGCAUAGACAUUUGAUUAUACUAAGUCGAAAUGGGGGCCACUUUUAAGCUGAGAGAAUUUGACGUGGAUCGGCCGAGUCACACAGAAGAAUUAUCCAACUGGAUUCUGAGAGUACGCUCGAAAAAAGUAAUUUGUCGCCGAAGCCGUAAACGCAACCUGAGAAUGGAGGCUGUCCUCACUUAUGCGCUGACAACGGCCGAAAGGGAAUUGCGCAGUAAACAGAUCCUAAGAUUUAAUAGGUGGCAGCAGGUCAAGGAUAAAUUAACCGUCGAUCACAAAGAUUGUACAAAUGGGGAGGACUUUUCAAGCAUAGGAUAUGAAAGACUCGAGGGAAAUGUCUGGAAGACGCCGUUGUGUUCAGAACUUAGUAGUUUGGAUAGCUUCAUGUCAAUGUUAAAGGAAAUUAAAGUUCCCCUGCAAAGAUGAUUCAACGGGAAGUGCUCAUUGGACACACAUUAUGAAGCCAAUCUCUAGCAUGACUGCAUCUAUACUUUUCAUGAUUGUAUAAAAGCCAAUUAGUUCUCAAAACCUCCAAUACACAAAUUGGAAUGAGACUUUAAGUAAGAGGGCCUUGUCUAAGGAGAUCCGAGAGCAGAGAAUAGAAGAGCCUAGGAAGGCGAACAUAACUCCAUCUUACUUUCCCGUACUUAACAGUACUCAGCAAAAGAAGAGAAUGAUCCAAGCUGAAAUGUUCCUGUGUAUAUCUGGAUAUUUUUUAAUUGCAGUCUCUCCGUUUGAGAUGACAAUGGAAUGGAGGGCAGAGAUGGCC